CCAACAGGUGGUACUCUAAGGAACCUUAGUACCCAUGUAUCUUAGGUACUUACUGACUAAGGUAUGUACCUUACCUCAUCAUCUCACGUACCUAUUAUAAGAACGGACUCGGUUAAACGCUGAAGUUCAGCUGUGCUUCAAAAUCCCCAAUACAACCUCAACCGCCAUCAAAGCAGCCACAGCGCGUAAAACGUUGUCACGAUGCAAUUGGUCCAUCUGCUUCCGGGAUCAUGUGACCUCGUUGGGCUACCCCAUCACCUUGGCAUCAACCAAGAACAUCAAUCAGGUAGAAAUUACAUUGAGGUCAAAAUGAAAGUCUCAAUCCAUACCACCAAAGUCAACAAGUAGCGCAAUGGGUUUACGAGAUUCAUGAUGUGUAGCGCGGGUAGGUAAUCAUGGAAUCCACUCAAAAGCCCAAGGUGUUUAGACUGCGCAAACUCCCUGGUGAUACCGACGAAUCUCAGGCUCUCGUCUAUCUCAGUAUUGGUCUUGGUAGUAUACCGGUCGAGAGUAUUCGAAUAUUCUCUCUCGCGACGAGUCUGAGCCCUUGGCGUCCAAGUAAGAUAGCUACGCUUAUGUUUGACCCGCUUCCCGACUUGCUGCAACAAGGUCAUGGAAAAGAUGAAUGGCAUAUCAGGGUAAAUAGACUCGAACUACCUUUGAUAUUGGACAUACAUUUCCGUGGACUUACUCCGCUUCGCGAUCCCACCCCAGACCACAGUUAUGAUUGCAUCUCCCUCUCGGGGCUUUCGAGCCACCCUUUCGGCUCAUGGCAACCUAAAAAGAGCGACAAUACAUUCAUGUGGAUUAGAGAUGAACUGCCUCUCGAUCUUCCCCAGCUCAGGCCGAUAAUCUACGGUUAUGAGACUGUACUACCCGGGAGCAGAUCGUUUCAAACGAUUACUGACCUGGCCUCUCAGCUGAUCAACCAACUAGCAUCAAGCGUAUGGACGGCUUUGAGCGCAAAGCCCAUAGUUUUUCUUGCCCAUAGCUUAGGUGGGAUUAUACUAAAACGGGCCAUCGUAGCUCUGGCGAACAGUGAUUAUGAUGAAGAUACUAUUCGGAUCACCGGAGGAAUCUUCUUCGGAGUACCAAAUUUCGGCAUGGAGCAGUCAUCUUUUCGCUCGAUUGCGAAGGGGAAUCCUAAUGAGCCUCUAGUGGAAGAGUUGGCUCUAGACUCAGAUUGGCUAAGAGGCCUAGAUUCGGAGUUUGAUGGUAUCUCCUAUUUGAGAAAGAUGAAAACAAUUUGGGGUUACGAAACCUGUACAUCCCCGACAUUGGUUGCAAACGGAAAUGGGCAACUUUCAGAAGGUCCACAUGUCGUGCUUGUAACGCGCCAUUCAGCUACUCGAGGUUUACUCGAGUCUGAUGAGAACCUAACAUUUCCUCUCAACGAAAACCAUUCAAAUAUAGUCAAGUUUCAACCUGGCCACGAAGAUUAUAGCGUCGUCGUAGGGAACCUUGCGCGGAUUUGCAACAUUGAACCUAGGAAUGCUAUCACAAUGAAAGUAGACGGGAAUCAACCAAACAAAACAAUCGCCGGCCCGAUUAGGUUGGGGGCGCAGGGCCACAUUGCUUUCACGACAUCAGAAGAACCCAAGGUCAGAGAGUAUCUCUUCAAUAAACAAGAUCAAGAGAUCUCCAAGAAACUGAUAAAAUCUCUCCGAGUGCCUGAGCGAGAUCGCCGACUAGAAGAUAUCUCAUUAAAUUUCGAAAACACAUUCGAUUGGGUAUUUAAUCACCCCGGAUGCAAAUUUGUCGACUGGCUACAACAUGGUCGGGGAGCAUUUUGGAUUAAUGGUAGCCCUGGUUCAGGGAAGUCGACUUUGAUGAAAUACAUCUUUGAAGAUAGCCGAACUCGAGAACUCCUCCAUGAUCCCCGUAAUUCGGUUGACGAGGUAUAUGCUGGAUUUUUCUUUCAUUACCGCGGGUCGCUGAUACAAAAAUCCUUCGAUGGACUACUACGAGGUAUCCUCAGCCAGAUUCUAGAACAAAAGCGGAAAGUCUGUCAUAUAAUCCUCCCUCUCUUCACUCACACUACUUCAGUCGAACUUCUUGCUGAAAGCUGGACCUCGGCAAGGCUAGAGGAGGCUCUCACUUUAAUUUUAAAUCAGCAGCAAUUCAACUUGGAUAUAUUCCUAUUCCUGGAUGCGUUGGACGAGUACCAAGGACGUCCUGAGUUUAUUGCUAGGUUUGUGGAGAGUAUUAUCAAACGAGAAACGGCAUCUUUGACUCGAGUUAAAAUAUGCUUCUCGAGCCGACCGUGGGCUACAUUUACCACUUGCUUUAAAGACUACCCUGCUCUCACAAUGCAAGACUUUACUAAAGAAGACAUACGUCGCUACUGCUUGGGUGCUAUGGAUGCCGAAAUGUCUUCGAACGUAUCUGUCCCGAUGGAAUUCUUAGUUCCUCAAGUCGUCGAUCGCUCAAAGGGAGUUUUCCUUUGGGUUAAAUUGGUAGUAGGCGAUCUUGCUAGAGCUGCUAAUUUAGGAUCGAGCAAACAAGAGUUAGAGGAUGUACUGAAGAAUCUACCAGCCGAGCUGGAUGAAUACUACGCAGAAAUUGUUCAAAGAGCGUCAAUAUCAUCUCGAUGGACUCUUUUUGCGAUGCUCAAAAUCACCUCACAAGCUCUGCAACCCUUAAACGGGCGAGACCUCGUGGGUGCUGCAGAGUGUUCACGAUCAUCACAUUAUAAGGCAGCAUUAUUUAAGUCAAAGAAAUUGCUUCUCUUGAAGCCAAUGGAAUGCGAUGCCUAUACCUCAAGCCAAAUCAAGAUACACUCUCAAGGUCUUAUUGAACUUCGUUCAGGUAUAGCCGAGCUUUUGCACCAGACAGUUGAGGAAUUCGUUAGCCAGCCGAAAUUCAACGCUCUCAUCCUCGACACUGAAGCAAAAGUCACUUUCGAGAAUGGACACUCCUUUUUAAUGAAGUGGUUCAUACUUGAUCAUGCAUUCUUUGAAAGGGCUAGUCGGGAUGUAGAAGAAAGAAGUAAAAACGGACCAUUCCAAGACCCUAAGUUCGAAUCUUAUUACGACGCUUUCUAUGAUGAAGACUAUCCAGAUUCUAAAGGUAUCUCGGAAUGUUUCUAUGCUACUGUAAUGAUGGCCGAAAGACAUGGAAAGUUGGCGGAAGACACCACGGGCCGCAGCAUGAAGCAAUUUAUUGACAGCACUCCAGCAAAGAGAUAUGCUCAGUUCCCGGACAUCGAGAUCAGCACAUCCAGAGAAUUUGCCUCAUGGGCAAGACUCAAACUCUAUUUUCGGGAGACCUUGCAACUAGAACCGGACUUUGUGCAAAACUGUAACCAAGAUAGCAAAAGGUCUCUAAUUGCACUAGCCCUUAGCAUUCGCAACAUAAAUGAACCUCGCAACGUAAAUAAGCUUUCCGAUUUUCGUUAUUUUGAAAAGGAUGGUUUAGAGAUAGCUCAACUACUACUAAAUAACGGUUAUAAGGAUCCGAAGGCAUUUGAUUUACUAAUAUCCUGCCUGGCCAAAGAUAUUUCUAGCCAGGAACUCAGGAAUGCGGUCAUUGGUCUCGCAAUUCGGUUUAUUGAGACAGGACAUGACCCAAAUUUGCCUCUCGCCACAUACAAAAUAUCAGACAUGAGGAAGAAGGGCGUAGUUUUUACGUGCCCUGCACUACACGUCGCAUCUCCAGAGAUUGUACCUUCGCUACUAGUCCACGGCGCCGAUGUUAACUCGAAAGAUUCCGAGGGUAAAACGCCGCUGGAAAGACUCUGCCGCAGCGUCUCACCCCAUGUAAGGCCACAGCAUUACCUAUUUGAACGGAUUAACGAGUAUGUUAGAAGCGUGCCGGACUCCUACCAGAUAGCCUGCAUGCUUGUUAAUGGAGGCGCAAACAUACCCAUGAUGUGGAAUUCGUCCUGGAGUAGACUCUUACGCCUCUUUGUUGAGCGGGGAUAUGAUUUGGAACCGCUUCGGCCCCAAAAAGUUGUUUCUAUAUCAGCGAGACUGACAGUCAAGGCUAAGUUAGCCUUGAAGUCUGUUGUCUCUCGAGGGCCCAAAAGACAGGUCAGUGAGUAG